UAAAGUAGUAGCAAUUCAUCUCAAAUAAUUCUCUAGACAAACAUUUAAAAAGAAAAAAAAAGAAAAGGAAACAUAUAUCAUUUCCACACAACCGGACUUUUUGCUCACUGGUCGCCAUCGUACAAGCUCCGACAACCACCAUCAACGUCGCGCCGCAGUCGGCACCGCCAUGCUCACUGACUGAGAAUAGCGAGUUGUAGCUGCCAUCUCAAGGUGCAGAUGUCACCCCAUGCCAAUGAUUUAGCAUGGGCAUUGUUGGUCCAUCGUUAGCUUGUGGAGCAAAUUAUGCUUACAAGAAAACUGAGCCGUCAAUUGGCGGCGAAUUACAUUUUGCAUAGCCUUGGUAGAAUUUCGAAAUGUCCUCGUGUUGCCAACAGGGGCCACAAUUCUAUUUCUCACUUCUUCUGGCAAAGCAGUGUGUCAGAGUGUCGUGAUGGAUUAGAACUUUUCUCAAACAAUUUCUCAACUAUGGCUGGAACAAUCUUAGUCCAGGCUAGAGACACAGGGAAGAUACAUGAGGAGCUAGAGACUGCAAUUAAUGAGCAAAGACUCAAUGAUGCAUGGGAUUUGCAUGAGCAGCAUAUGUGGAUGGAAGGGUUUGGUAGAAAAUCUAUUGUGAACAAGUUGAUUGUUGGAUUAGCUGAGACUUCAGACAUUCAGUGGGUUGAAAAGGCUUAUGGAUUGGUUGAGAAAGCACUUGGGGAGCACAAGCAAACAUUAUUUGACAAGGAGACCCUGAUGUAUCUCUCUUUAGGCCUUGCUAAAUGCAGACUACCUGUUCCUGGUUCUACUGUCUUGAGGAAACUCAUUGAAAUGGCACACUUCCCUCCCGUGACAGCUUGGUCUGCAGUUAUAGCUUACAUGUUACAGAAUUCAUCUGGAGCUUACCUAGCGGCUGAGUUGGUUCUUGAAAUGGGUUACUUGUUCCAGGAUGGGAGGGUUGAUCCUCGAAAAAAGUGUAAUGAACCUUUGAUUGCUAUGAAGCCUAAUGCAACUGCUUUUAACAUUGCUUUGGUGGGGUGCCUUCUAUUUGGCACUACUAGGAAAGCAGAGCAGCUCCUUGAAAUGAUGCCUCGGAUUAAUGUGAAAACUGAUGCAACAUCAUUGAUCAUCAUGGCCCAUAUUUAUGAAAGAAAUGGUCGAAGAGAGGAACUCAAAAAGCUUAGGAGACAUAUUGAAGAAGUUCAUAAUGUUACUGAUGUUCAGCUUCGGCAGUUCUACAACUGCCUGCUUUCUUGUCACUUGAAAUUUGGGGAUCUAGAUUCUGCAUCUCUCAUGAUUCUUGAAAUGCUUCGAAAGGCAAGAAAAGCUCAGAAUUCUCUUGGUGUGGCUAAUUUAAUAUUUGAAACUGAUAAAAUAGGUAGUACAUCACCUGAUCAAGAUGUUACUGUCAAGGAUUUGCCUGAUAUGAAGUCAGAUGAACAUGAAAAUCCUGUAUUACUUCAAAGAGAUUUCUUAUCUUUUGAAGAUUUCUGUCGUGACAGAAAGUUUAUGAGACUUGAAGCUGAGACGAAAAAAUUACUUGAUAGCUUGGUUAUGAUGUUACAGAAGCAAGUUGAAUUGAUUACCACUGAAAGAGGUGUUCUCAGGCCAACUGAGAGAACAUACGUGAAAUUAAUUAAAGCUUUCUUGGAAGCUGGUAAAAUGAAGGACUUGGUAGAAUUUUUAAUCAAAGCAGAGAAAGCAGAUUCCCCUGUAUCUGCAGAUAAUUCAGUUCUGGUCUAUGCUAUCAACUCGUGCAUUUCCCUUGGUUGGUUAGAUCAGGCACAUGAUCUUCUUGACGAAAUGCGCUUGGCUGGCAUUAGAACUAGUUCCUCUGUGUAUAAUUCUCUUCUAAAAGCAUAUUAUAAAGAAAAAAGGAUAGGUGAAAUAACAUCACUAGUAAGAGAUGCCCGCAAGGCUGGCUUACAGCUUGAUGCAAGUUCUUAUGAGGUGUUGAUGCAGUCUCGGGUGCUUGAAAAGGACAUCGAGGGGGCACUUAAUCUGUUCAAAGAGAUGAAAGAGGCUAAAAUACCCAGAGGAGGCCAUAAAGAAUUUGAUCAGCUAGUCAAACAUUCUACGGAGGGUAAGGAGGAUGGUUUAAUGUCAAAGCUAUUGCAAGAAAUAAAGGAAGGGCAAAAAGUGGACUCAGGGGUUCAUGACUGGAAUAAUGUGAUUCAUUUUUUCUGCAAGAAACGACUAAUGCAAGAUGCGGAGAAAGCUUUGAAGAAGAUGCGGACUCUGGGGCAUGCUCCUAAUGCACAAACUUUUCAUUCUAUGGUCACUGGAUAUGCUGCUAUAGGGGGGAAAUACAUAGAGGUAGCAGAACUAUGGGGUGAAAUGAAGUCUUUUGCAUUUUCUAGUGGAAUGAAGUUUGAUUUGGAACUGUUGGAUGCCGUACUUUAUACAUUCGUUAGAGGUGGAUUCUUUAUUCGGGCAAAUGAAGUGGUGGAAAUGAUGGAGAAAGGAAACAUGUUCAUAGACAAGUACAAGUACCGAGCUCUCUUUCUGAAGUACCACAAGACACUCUACAAGGGCAAGGCACCGAAAUUCCAGACAGAAUCCCAGUUGAAGAAAAGAGAAGCAGCAUUGGCUUUUAAGAAAUGGGUAGGUUUAUGAUGAAGAAAGGAAUUUUUCCUGUCUGAUGCGUGAGUGCUAAAACAUGAAUGAUGGGCUGAUGAAAGAAAGCUCCACAAGACUC